AUGGAAGAGAAUGGCGAUGUGCAAACGAUGGUGAAAUUGGAAACGGAAUGGAAGGACUACAAGACCUCUCUCGGAAAACAUUAUGAUAAAAGCGAGAACAAUUUGAGAAUGGCAAUAUUUGAAAGUAACGAAAUAUUGACAGAAAAGAUAAAUAGAAAAUAUAAAAAAGGCUUGCUUACUUAUACAACUGCUUUGAAUGACUUGGCUGAUUUGGUAA